AUGGUGGGUGUGAAAGAAGGCGAGGACGAGGUUGUCCCAGAAGAACACCCACUUACGGAUGAAGUUGCCCGGUUUGAUGGGGACGCAGAAUUGCCCCAGGCCAUAGUGCUCCUGCCCGAGGUAGAUUCGGGUACACGGGGAUUUCAAGACGCCAAUUUCGAGGAGAAUCAGGACGAACCCGAGGAGAAUCUGGACGACGUUGAGGAGAAUCAAGAUGAAGAUGAAGAGAAUCAGGAUGAAGAAGGUGACAAUCAGGAUGAAGAAAAUGCCAAUGAGGAUGAUGAAGAUACCAACCAGGAUGAAGAUAAUACCAAUCAGGAUGAUGAAGAUACCAAUCAGGAUGAAGAAAAUGACAAUGAGGAUGAUGAAGAUACCAACCAGGAUGAAGAUAAUACCAAUCAGGAUGAUGAAGAUACCAAUCAGGAUGAAGAAAAUGACAAUCAGGAUGAUGAAACCAAUCAGGAUGAAGAAAAUGACAAUGAAGAUGAUGAAGAUACCAAUCAGGAUGUGGGAGAUGUUAAUAUAGAUGAUGCAGAUGAAAAUGUAGAUGAUGCGAUUGAGAUUGAAAUACAUCCGGACGCAUUCGAGGAAGACCAAGAGGAGAAAGCCGAUACGCAGGGACGAGGUGCACCAGAUCAAGCCGAUGAGGACAAAGAGGCCCCAAACGCGCAGAAACAGGACAGGGAAGACACAUGGGACCAAGAGCAGAGAAGACAGGACGCACUGGAGGAUGCGGAGAUUAUGGAAGUGGACGAUGGAGAGCUGUUGGAUGACGAUGGCGAUACAGGACACAGGGACACCCCUGUUGUGCCUGUCAGGGGUAGCGGUGACAGGUAUGGGAGUGGUACAUGCAGGUGA